AUGAAGGAAGGAGAAUCAGUAAACUCCUAUUUUGCACGCACCUUGAAAAUAGCCAAAAGCAUGAAGGCAGUUGGAGAAACCAUGAAAGAAAACGUGAUAACUGCAAAAAUCUUGCGAUCCAUGACAAUCAAAUUCAACUAUGUGGUAUGUUCCAUUGAAGAAUCCAAUAAUAUGGAUAUGAUGACUAUAGAUGAAUUGCAAAGUAGCUUAUUAGUACAUGAGCAAAGAAUGAUGAUGUCAGUUGAAGAGGAACAAGUUAUGCAAACUGUGGUUGAAGAUAGAAACAACGGAAGAGGAAGAGGUAGAGGAAGAGGAAGAGGAAGAGGAUCCUUUCGAGGUAGAGGAAGGGGCAGGCAAAUGUUUAAUAAAGCUGAUGUAGAAUGCUUCAAAUGUCACAGAUUUGGACACUUCCAGUAUGAAUGUCCUAUGUGGGAAAGGAAAGCUAAUUAUGCAUAA